ACCUUACACCAAGUAUAAACCUUGCAGAGCCCGUUGUUUUUCUCCAAACAACACCAGAAUGUCCCAAAAGCUCAGCCAUUUUCUCUAUUUUAAGCGAUAUUCACAAGCUUGAGGCUAAAUAAUGAGUAAGCAGCAAGCUUCAGGAGGCCAGAAAGUCAAGCCAAAGCGGCUAUCUAUACGUAGAACGCGAACUAGGUCACCGGACGGCCGCCAUGAUGGGUUAGCCGAAGAGGCGAGCUCUCUUCCCCCUGAAGCUAGAACAAGGUUAUGGAACCUGUUUGCACAAAUAGAAAGAGAAUUCGAGGGAGUACACGCAGAAAAUUGCGCUUUGAGAGAAAGGGUGGAAAAACUAGAAAUCAUCCUGAGUGGGGAGAAGGGAGUUGAAGGUGACAUGGUGGUUGAUGGAAUGCCUGUGAAACCUGGCUAUGGAAAAAAGCCAUCUGCAAGUCAGCUCAUGUCACAAAAGUUAAAAACCACAUACAAGGCCUCUACUAGUAAGAUUGUGUCCAGUUUUAAGAUACCCAACCAGGCUGCUGGCAGUGUUGAGUGUCACCGGCUGCGAGGAUACCUUGGUCAUAGGGAUGGUGUGUGGGAAGUGUCAUAUGCAAGACACGGCCAGGCAAUAAUUGCUACGGCCUCUGCAGAUCGCUCUGCACGCUUGUGGGAUGUGGACUCAGGACUGUGUCUGUUAAAAUACCUGGGCCACAUUGGAUCAGUCAACUCAAUAAGGUUCCACCCGACAGAGCCCCUAGUGUGUACAGCAUCUGGUGAAGGGACUUGUCAUGUUUGGAGGGCUAAUGUUUCCAUCCCAGAACCACGCUCUCUGCCAGGAUCAGCAGAUGAAGCAGAUGCAGCAGUGAGUGACCACGAGGAUGUGGAAGUAGGAGCUGACAACCCAGAUGCCCCAACGCCUGCUAUUCUUCGAUCAGCAACACUAGAACUCAAAGGCCACGAAGGUUCUCUUAGUGCAGCAGACUGGUUCACAUCUGGUAAACAGAUUGUGACGGCGUCCUGGGACCGCACUGCGAAACUGUGGGAUGUUGAGACAGGAGAACAAGUCCACUCACUCACUGGUCACGACCAGGAGCUUACCCACACCUGUACUCACCCCAGUCAACAGUUGAUUGUCACUUCCUCCACCGACACCACCUUCCGUCUUUGGGACUUUAGAACGCCCUCCAUACACUCUGUCAAUGUAUUUCAAGGUCAUUCAGACACGGUUAGGUCUACUGCAUUCAGCACUACCAAAGAUAUUGUUGUGAGUGGAAGUGAUGACCGCACCGUUAAGGUAUGGGAUCUGAAAAAUAUGCGAUCCCCACUGACCACCAUCAACACGGACUCAGCUGUAAACAGAUUGUCAGUUUCUUCUGUGUCCAAUAUCAUAGCCAUUCCCCACGACAAUAGGCACAUUCGGCUCUUUGAUUUGAAUGGUGUGCGGCUUGCACGUCUUCCUCGCCGCAAUGGACAGGGUCAUCAGCGGAUGGUUUGCUGUACCGCAUGGGGCGAUGAGAACUCAACGAAAUCCUGUAAUCUGUUCUCGUGUGGCUUCGAUCGCAGGGUCUUGGGGUGGCAAGUGAUUCUUCCCAAAGAAGAAAAGUGAUAUCCAAAAGAGCACCGAUAACAGUGUUGCCCUCACUCUUACAUUCUCUUGAUGGCGACACCAUGACACCUGAUGGCAACAUAACAGCAAGUGCGCGUACCCAUUUCCGAGAAUGGGAAAUUUCGAUUUUUUUAAAUGCAAGCUUGCAAUAACAACAAAUGAAGUUUGUUUUCUCUCGUGUGAUGUUGUCUUUGUGUUGUAUGCCGCUAGUGUCUGCACGAAGAGAUGAAUUUAUUGGGAGCAAAGGGGCUAGUCCCAGGCGCAGUCGUCCGUCGUGUUAGUCUAAAAAAACUCUGACAGUAAGGACGGCUGUCCCGGAGACUUAAAGAGGGCACGUUAUAAUGUUUAAAAUGAUUAUUGUAUGAGAAUGGUAAUAAAAAAAAACUCAAACAAA